AUGCCUCAUGAUCAAGUGAGCCAAGACACAAAGCUCGGCGCAGGCCCUUCUGGCCAGAGUAGUGCACAGGUCCUCAUGGAUGUUCAAGGUCUCAAGGAUGAAGAGGGAGCAGUUGCCACAGCUUCCUCUCUGUCCUCUUCCUCCUUUGCUUCAAUUAGGGCCACACCAGGAGAAGAGGCUGGGCAUGGGAAAUCAAGCUGUCCUCAAAAUCCUAAGGAUAUCUCCUCUCCCCAGACUGCCAUGGCUUUUAGUAAUAGCAGUCAAUUUUGUGAGGGCCCCAUCCAGCAAGGAGCGGAGGGUCCUAGUCCAUCACAGGACAAGGAUGUCCCUCAGGCCAUGCAGGAUGAGUCCCUAAAUGAUAAGUUAGAUGAAUUGGUGCCAUUUGUGCUCCAGAAGUUUGAAAAGAAGGAGCAGAUCACCGUGGAUGAAAUGCUGCAUGUUGUGGACCGUGAUUAUCAUGAACAUUUCCCUGUGAUAUUUAGGAAUCUCUGUGAGUGCUUGUAUCUGUGCUUUGGCAUUAAGAUGAAGAAAGUCGGUCCCCCUGGCCGCACAUAUGAGCUUGUCUCUGAUUUGGGCCUCACUUAUAGUGGGUUGCUAGAUAACAAGUUCCAAAUGUUUCUGAAAGCUGACCUCCUGACACUCAUCCUGAGUACAAUCAUUAUAAAGGGCAACAGGCUCAGUGAGGAGGACCUCAAGGAACUACUGAGAGAAAAGAAGGGAUUAGGUGAGACAGAACACUUUGCUAUUGGGGAGCCCUGGAAAUUCAUCACAGAGGAUUUGGUUCGAGAAGGGUACCUGGUGCACCAGCAGGUUCCUAACAGUGAUCCUGCUUGCUAUGAGUUCCUGUGGGGUCCAAGGGCCCAUGCUGAAACCACCCAGAUUAAAGUCUUAAAACACAUGUUCAACUUUUGA